AUGUCUACCCCAACUAAAGGAAAUGAUGAAGACGCCAAAAAGGUCGUGGACCUUUUCCGCGAUAUCUUCGGCUAUCACCCUGGUUUCAGAGCUGUCCAUGCUAAAGGCAUUUUGCUUCGAGGAACAUUUAACCCUACAUCCGAAGCAUCGUCUCUCUCGACAGCACCACACUUCCGCCGCCGUUCAACAUCUGUGAUCGCUAGACUCUCGAACUCUGGUGGAGUCCCUACCCAACUGGACGCUGAUCCGGCAAACAACCAAAACGGGCUGGCGUUGCGUUUCCUCCUGAGCUCAUUUCCACGUCGUGAAAAAACAGACAUUGCUACCGUCUCUACUCCCUUUUUCCCGGCCGGGAACGUACCAGACGUUAUUGGUUUCUUUCGCGCGCUUGCUGCAAAAAAAGUGGAGGAAUUUAUUCGCACUCACCCCGCCGCUGCUGCGUUCAUAAACGCACCGAAGCCGUUCCCGUCUAGUUUUGCAACGCAGCAGUUCUUCAGCAUCAAUGCAUUCAAGCUUGUCGGAAAGGAUCAUAAGGUUACGUAUAUCCGAUACCGCAUCGUGCCGAAGGAUGGAGUCUUCCACCUGGACGAGAAGGAGGCAGCCUCGAAGCCACCCAACUACCUUUAUGACGAGCUGGUGAAAAAGCUCGAGACUGGACCCAUUGAGUAUGAGCUCUUGGCUCAGAUUGCUGAGACUGGCGACGUGACCGACGAUUGCACGGUGCAUUGGCCGGAGACACGUAAGUUGGUAAAGCUGGGGGUAGUGACUCUCGAGUCUAUACUGCCGAACAGCGAUGAGGAACAGAAGGAUCUUGAGUUUUUCGAUCCUGUCCCGAAGGUUGAAGGCAUCGAGCCUUCUGGCGACCCGCUGAUUGACCUUCGCUCAGUUGCUUACCGAUUUAGCGGAGCGGAUAGAUGA